CUCGUGGAGAAGAAGCCGUGUUCAUGGAACUCCUCCCGCGUCUGCGAGUGCCAGGCUGGCAUGUUCUGUGCCACAUCAGCCACCAACUCCUGUGCCCGCUGCUCCCCCCACUCCGCCUGCCCAGCAGGGAUGAUUGUCAAGUUGCCGGGCACAGCGGAGAGGGACACCGUCUGUGAGCCAUCUUCCCCAGGGACCAGCCCUGACUGCAGCACCAGUCCCGAGGACUGCAGGGCACCUGCCAGCGGCACCACCCCGCAGGCCAAGCCCCGCCUGACCUCCCCCGCAAGCUCCCAUGCCAGGACCACGCUUCUUGGAGGGGGCACCUCGGAAGAGGAUUCCAAAGUGACGAGGGCUCCCAGCUUUUCCUUCUCUGCGGGGAAGCCCAGUCCAGACCCAGGGCUGACCCCACAGCAGCCGUGUCCUCAGGGGUCUCCCGACUGCCGGAAGCAGUGUGAGCGGGACUACUACCUGAAUGGCGACGGCCGCUGUAUGGCCUGUGUGAGCUGCUCGGGAGAUGACCUCGUGGAGAAGACACCUUGCACGUGGAACUCCUCCCGAGUCUGCGAGUGUCGACCUGGCAUGUUCUGUGCCACAUCAGCCACCAACUCCUGUGCCCGCUGCAUCGCCCACCCCAUCUGCCCACCAGGGAUGGUCACCAAACUCCAGGGUACGGCUGAGUGGGACGCCACGGAUGAGCCACCUCCUGCGGGAUCCCACCCCAACUGCAGCACCAACCCAGAGGACAGAGAGGCGUCCGCCAGCUCCACCCCCUCCCUGGCAGACCCCCAGACCAGUCAGGGGCAUGGAGGGGGCAUCACCCACGCCCGGGGGGACGCCUCCAUCCUCACGAGUGCUCCCAUCUCUUUCUCCUCCACGGGAAAGCCCACGCUGGUUUCAGGACCUGUGCUCUUCUGGGUCAUCCUGACGCUGGUGGUGGUCGUCAGCUCCGGCUCCUUCCUCCUGUGCCACCGGAAGGCCUGCAGGAGGUGGAUUCGGCAGAAGCUCCACCUGUGCUACCCAGCCAGGACCUUCCGGCCCAAGCUGGAGCCUGGGUUAGUGGAUUCCAAGCCCAGAAGGAACUCGCCAGAGCUGAAGAGGAGCGUGUUGGUGGCAGAGCCGGGCACAGAAGAGCUGGGGUUAAUGAGUUCGCCGGCUGUGGAGACCUGCCCCAGUGUGGGGCCGGCCUGCCUGGAGAGCCAGCGGCUGCUGCAAGCCAGCCCCCCCAGCAGGCCCUCAUCACCCGUGGACCAUCCCGAGCCCCGGGUGACCACGGAGCAUACUAAUAACAGGAUCGAGAAAAUCUACAUCAUGAAGGCCGACACAGUGAUUGUGGGGAGUGUGAAGACCGAGGUGCCUGAGGGCCGGGGCCUGGUGGGGCCAGCGGGGCCCGAGUUCGAGGAGGAUCUGGAAGUGGAUCAUGCUCCCCACUACCCGGAGCAGGAGACAGAACCACCCCUGGGCAGCUGCGGGGACGUCAUGUUCUCAGUGGAAGAGGAAGGGAAGGAGGACCCCUCGCCCACGACUGCCUCUGGGAAAUGAGGCCUGGCCUGCCUGCGCUGGGGCUGAGAGGGCAGCCGGGUGCCCCCUGGGAGGCCAGGGUGGCACUGGUGGCACCAGGCGGGUGGCAGAGGCCCAUCUGGCCUGAACUUAGGUUCCAGCAUCCAGUGGUCGACCAGCCUGUCAAUGUAGGAGGGGUUCUGGUGGUCUCUACCUGUAUCCUCACCCAGCUGCCCCCCACCCCAACCCUAGGGAAGCCGGGCUUGUGCAGUACAGACGACCAAGGGGUGAUCUGAACGGCGACAUUUGUUGGAGCAAUGGAUGGAUGGCAGGGACUGGGCACCCCACCUUCUGUUCCUGCCCAGAUGAAGAUGCUCCCAGAGCCCUGGGCAUCCACACACCAGCAGGGCCGGAGCCCACCUGAGGCGGGGGCCAGGAGGCCACACCCCUCUCCCCUCACCUGGGCCUCAGGAGUGACGCCCAUUGCGCCUUACUGCCGUGCCAGCAGCCCCCGGUUACUGUAAAUGUGGACCCCCAUGGGCACUGAGCCAGCGCCUGUGGUUGUUUCUCCCGAGUCAAAAGGGAAGUUGAGGGAUGGGGCGUUGUUGGCUGGCCCCAUCUUGGCUGCAGCCGCUGCUCUGGGCUCUGUGCCAAGGCGAGUGCCCAGCCUGGCCUCCAGCCCCACUUGGGCUGAGGGGGACCUUUCUGGUGCAGCCAG